CGGACACAGGCAUCUUGCCUGUUUGGGCGCUCUGAGAUACGACGUUGGCGUGUGCCCCGUUUCAUGGGCUGGGAAGACAGCGGCAGCACAGCAAAGUGGCAGAGGAUGGCUGCAGGGGCCGUGGACACUGACGCUGGGUCUGUCUCUCCCCCGGCAGGGCCGAUGGACACCUUCAGCACCAAGAGCCUGGCCGUCCAGGCCCAGAAGAAGCUCUUGAGCAAGAUGCCGUCCAAGGCGGUGGCGGCCGUGCUCAUCGACGACACGAGCGGCGAGGUGCUGGACGAGCUGUACCGUGCCACCAAGGAGUUCACGCGCAGCCGCAAGGAGGCCCAGAAGGUGCUCAAGAACCUGGUCAAGGUGGCCGUGAAGCUGGGCCUGCUGCUGCGCGGGGGCCAGCUGGGCGCGGAGGAGCUGGCGCUGCUGCAGCGCUUCCGCCACCGCGCGCGCCGCCUGGCCAUGACCGCCGUCAGCUUCCACCAGGUGGACUUCACCUUCGACCGGCGCGUGCUGGCCGCCGGCCUGCUCGAGUGCCGGGACCUGCUGCACCAGGCCGUGGGCCCGCACCUCACGGCCAAGUCCCACGGCCGCAUCAACCACGUCUUCGGCCACUUGGCGGACUGCGACUUCCUGGCCGCGCUCUACGGGCCCGCGGAGCCCUACCGCUCCCACCUGCGCAGGAUCUGCGAGGGCCUGGGCAGGAUGCUGGACGACGGCAGCCUAUGACCCCCCGCCGCCCGCCUGCUGUGGGGGGCGGAGUGGGCGGGCUCUUUAAAACUCUCUUCUCCCAGCUGGACUCUGGCCAAGCGACCCUGGGCAGGUGACCCGGCUGCUUUAGGAGAACACUGGACCAUCUGUACCGGCCGUUUCAAAGAACACCGUCGCCUCUCCUGUCCCCAGCCCUGGUCUGAUGGGGGGAAAAAUUUGGUCCACUGCCUCUUCAGGGCCACCUGCCACUCCUGUCUGCGUCCCGUGAGCCAGGUUGGCCCCGUGUCACUCGAUGUCAGCCAAAGGCCGGCGUGUCCCACUUCACAAUGUUGCCUGGGCUUUGUACUCCUUCAAACAAGGUCAGGAGAAAGGGGUGAACUGUGGCCCCCACAAAACCUACUUGAUCACAUGCUAACCCCUAAAAUCUUCUUUGGGAAAAGGGUCACCACAGAUGUAAUUAGCUCCCAUGAUGUCAUUCUGGAGGAGGGCGGGCCCUGAGCCAAUGGCUGGGGUCCUUAGAAAAGGGACAUUUGGAUGCAGACGCACACGCAGGGAAAAUGGCAGUGAUGACAGAGCAGAGACUGGGGCGACAUUUCCACAAGCCAAAGAACGUCAGGGACGCGGCCACCAUCAGACGCCAGGGAGAGGCCUGGGACGGAACCAUCCCUGCCCACACCUUGAUCUUGGACUUCCGGCCUUCACAACUGAGUGAGAAGAAAUACUUAAGCCCCCGAGUCUGUGGGACUCUGUCCCAGCAGCCCCAGUCAGAGAAGAUUCCGGUGAAUGCCAGCGAGUUUGGCUGGAAACACGCAGCCCCGACUUGGGAAGCGUGACUGGGUCAAACCCCGUGACUCCCACGUGGAAGGGGACGGAGCGUGCCCCCCACUCAGGGGUGAGGGCAAAACCAUCAGAGAUGCACGUACACUUCCUUUUUUAUAAGCCAUCGGCCUUUGGAAACAUGUACGUUUGAAAACGAUGAUUUCAUGUUCGGAAAACCAACAACCAACCAACCGUGUCGUUCUCAUGAGCAAAGCUCGACAAGUCUUCCUGCAUUUGGAGAUUUGCAGGAGAUGCAGCGAUUCUCAACUCUGGGGGUGUGGACGUGUUCAGGAGGGUGACGUGGGGCACCUACCGGGGAGGGGGACGCGGUUCCACAGCCCUUUUGUAGACCCAGGUCUGUUGAGGGCAGCGGUUGUACCGGGAGCCCUGUGGACCGUGUCGGGCGAGGAGGGAGGUUUGCUCGGCCCCAUCCAGGAUUUGAGACAUUUGGAAUUAGCCGCCAACAUUUAAAAAAAGAGGAAAUUGCACGUACCAGCCUGGAUUUGGAGUUUCUCUUGAAACCUUGCCAGCUCCAAAGGCCUGUUCACCCAGGAGCCAGCGGUUCCUGCCUCAGCCCUGCCCUUCAAAGGCAACCUUCUCCUCCGGUCUCUGGCAGUGUUCGAGAACGAACCACAUUCUGAUUUUCCUGAGAAGAUGCGGGCCCUUGGCCGUGCCGCCUGGGUAGAUCCAUGUGCGUAAUUGUACCUGCCCCUGGCUGGGCCGUGCAUCCUGUCUGGACUCCUUCAUACGCUUGAGGUUUAAUUAAAAAAACCAGAGAGCAGCACAGAACUAUUUAAAUAAACUCGCACACCUUCCA